AUGACUCAAGUUUUUGAUAUAACCAAUACUAAUAAAACAGUAUUGUAUGCAUUUCGUUUUGGAACAUCUAAUAAACUUGUUCAUCUCACUCAACAAGAACUUAAUCGUGUGCCUUACUUAUUUAAUCUUGUGACACAUAAAGAUGAUUUUUUAUUAGUUCAAAACGAAAAUGGUGAAUAUGUUUUAAGUCAUCCAAUUGAAUAUAAUUGGUUCAUGUCUAUUUUUCGUUCAAUUACUUCUGAACAACCAUACAUAUUAUUUAACGAACUAUCAGAAGAGAAUAAUAUUUUAGACACACUUGAAUUAUUUGAUUAUCUUGGUAUCGAUUUAUUUCCACUACCUCUUCUAAAAUACAAAUCAUUAGUCUUAUCAAAUCCAAUCAAAACUGAUAAUGAUAAAAAACGUAUUGUAUAUCACAAGGCAAAUAUCUCCGAAACACGACAGACAGCUGCAGAGUUCAUCAUAGCUCUUGGUAAAAAUCAAUAUGAUUUAUAUGAUCUUUCCACACUAGAUUAUAUUUUUUAUUUAAUCACAAUCAUUCUCUCCAAUUCAACUAUUUUUAAUUCUCGAUUUCGUCACCAUACGUUAAUAAUAGCAGAAGAAUGUUGUUAUUCAUUCUUUUCUAAAAAGCAGCGGUGUCUACUACCUACUUCUCAACAAAUUGCUCAACACCGUAAGAUCGACACCUUAAUGUAUUUAUACGACGAUGAUAAGCCUCUUCCUGAUGAUUUUUGCAAUACAUUCGCUUGGAGAGGUGCUUAUGUGCCAGAAGCAGACGAUGGCACGGAUUGUUUAUCAGCAAGCUCGAAAAUCAUACCCUGUUCUAGCUCAUCUGAAAGAACCAACUCCAUUAAUGACACGCUAACAACAUAUGAUUUCAUCGACAUUCCAGGAUUUGCAAACUGGUGUAUUUCUCCAAUAUCGUUUGCAUCGAACGACUUUUAUAAUAAGCUGUUUUUUUCUUACUGUGAAGUGUUACCCAUCUAUCAAAACAAAAAAAACCUAAAGAACGUUGACGCACAAUCAGCUCGAUCAAAACGUUUUAAUACAUUACCUGCAAGACCUAAGGUAGACAAGUUUAAACAUCGAUGUGGUCCAAAAGCACAAAAAUAUCGAUAA